ACUUUGGUAUUUUUUAGGCAAAUACAUAGGUAUAUGUAAAGAUUUGUGGUCUCUGCAUAUCCCUUCCAGAAAAGAUUUCAUGUUUGUUUUGUUCCAGUAGAAAAUUUUGACUAUAAAUUUAUAUUCGCAUAUAGAACAUUCACUGGUUGCCUAUCAUUUUAAUGUGUUAAGUUUAACUUUGAGUGCAAUUUCUUCUAAUAAUGAAACAAAUUGUAGUACAAGAAGGACUAAACCCACCAAUUUUCAUCAGCCCUCAUUUGUAUUUUACACGCUUGUAACCUCUGCCUUAGGCCAAAGCCGAUCGAAGAAUAUCAUAAAUCUAGAAGAUACUAUUUUUUUUUUAUUUAAAAAAAAUGUUAACAUUAUACAUUUUUAAAGUCAAUCUUAUUAGUAUUGUUUAUGACAUUCCAUUUUUAUAGUUAAAUGCAGCUGUCUCUCAAGAAUUAAAUCUAAAUCUGUUCUGUUGAUAAUAACAUAGUUACGUCGACCACGUGCGGUCAUAAAAUAUGAUACGCUGCUAAGUUUGACAAAAACAUUUAAAAUUAUCUCAGUUGCCACGAAACAUUUUAAACAAGUCCUCAAUUUUUUUACUUUGCAUACAUAUGCCGGCCAAUGACAUUAAAACGCUCUCCGUUUACGAAAUUGGAGUAUAAUAACAAUUGUGAACGCGGUAAACACCUUUUAUAAAAGUUCUAUAAAUAAAUAAUGCGCGCGAGUUUGUGUGAGUUUGAAUCAAAAGCGUGCGCUGGCGCAGCGCCAACCCUUCGCUGCGCAUGCGUGCGCUAAAUAGCUACACGAAUUUUUCACUUCUUUCUCUUCCCAAAACCGAAAGCCGUGGCAUUUAUCUGCGAUGCUCAAAUAACAUAAGUGAAAAAGUAGAAAUAGUGAGUGUAAAAAUAUAAUUUUAGGUAUAAAUAGUGCUGUGCAAAAUGUCGCCUAAGUUACCAGUGCCGCCCCUGCAAGAGAUCACAUUAUCGUUGGUAGCCCGGCAGCUCAUUCACACUCUCUCAAGGGUCGCAUCAGAAGAAGAUGCGGCUUUGCCUUUCACCAUGGUCUCGUCUUACUACGAAAGCAUGGGAGCCACCAGCGACAUAUUCCAAGAUCUCCUCAACUUAAUACUUAGUUCGGAAUAUCUCGAUCCGUCUGUUAGAUACUUUUCUAUGCGACUGCUACUCAAAGAAAAUGUGAAAAGCCUAGCGACAGGAAUCUUUCCUUGCCCUUAUUACAGAAAAGUCCUUGAGCUGAUUGUUGAGCAAGGGCACCACUUGACUUCGCUUAACCUGAAAGGAGUGUGGGUGAAAGACGAACAUUUAGCGCUUAUGUACCAAUUAAUAAAAAAUUUAAGCAAUUUAACUGCAUUGAACAUACCGUAUAUCGCUAAUGACGAAGUGCUCAAGUUUAUUGGAGAAAAUAACAAGGUUUUAAAACUGCUAGAUGUAUCUGGUGAAACUGAUAUAACAGAGAUAGGUAUAGAUGCGAUGUUGAGAGGGAACCCGCAGCUGACGCAAAGUUUAACAGUAGUAAACAUUGGAAUGUACGGUGAAGAGAACAUUGACCAUACUGAUGUGGCUUUGUUAAUAAGGCAACUGCCUAAUUUGACCAAUUUAGGCAGUUAUUCGUUCGUCGGGAAAUCAAUCUACCAUAUUUACAACAGCGAUUGCCCACCAAAUUUCAAAACGAAGUUACAAUAUUUGCAUGAUGUACAAACAAAUUUACGUACGAUGAAAGCUAUCGUCGCACUGUGUCCGAUGUUAGAGACAAUUUAUUUGGAAGAGCCCGACCAAGGGGUGUUGCAACUGGUCAAAGAGUUGAAUUAUCUAAACAAGAUUAAGCUUAAUAAAUUCCAAUGCCAUGAACUACAUCAGCUAUUAGAUAAAAUUGGAUAUAAGAUAGUAACUCUUAUGUUGUCAGCGUCGAUGGGGUCCUUCAAUUUUACCAGGAUAGCAGAAACAUGUAGGAACUUAGAGAGUUUAGAGUUUUACCAGAUACAGACGGCGACGCACGAGGAAGAGAUCCCUUUCAAUAAGUUGGAACACAUUGAGAUCAUACAUGGGAACUUGUCUACGCCCUGUCUCAAAUACUUGAUGACGGGCAGCCCCAAUUUAAAGAAGCUGAUUAUUGGAGACGAAAUCAGACUGGAUGACAAUGACAUGGCACGAUUAGUCCGCCGGUACAAGUUUGAGAGCCUCGAAGGCAUAUGGUUCCCAAACGCACCACGGCUCACUCGAGACACGGUCGAGCUGCUCAUGGAAUGCUGUCCGAAACUCCAAAGCCUUGGUCAGCUCAGCGGGUGGCAGUUCACUCCGGACGACAUGAUGCUGAUGAGGGCUAUAAUAGCCAGCACAAAUAUCGACUUGGUGCUCUCACCACUUGGUAUAUUCCAGCAGGGUAAUUAGUGGACAUUGACUGCUAAAAAUAUUUUUGAAUUAAGUAUUUUUUAUGAUUUACUUGUUACGUCGAGCACACACUUCGUGAAGGCCAUUCUGAAGUUUACAGUUCAUUUCUU